AUGGCUAACGACCGCAGCGUCUACUCGUCCGGCCAGUUCAUGAACCCAGGCCCGGCCCCGAGACCUCCCACCGACAACAGACCCAGACUCGCCCUCACCCCCAAUGCCAACCUCCCCGGUAGCAUGGCCAACAUGGCCAUCUCCCCCAUCCGGAGCACCACCACUUCGACCUACACCGGCUCCACCAUUUCUCUGCCCAUCGCACGUCAAAACUCGAGCCAGACCGAUGGCAUGGGCGGCGUCGCCAUCAGGAAGGAGGGUUGGGCGCAAGUAAAAGAAAGCAAGAACUUCAUCAACCCCUGGAAACAGAGGCUACUUGUCCUCCGCAAAGAGUCGCUCGACUUCCACAAGACGGAAGGCGGCAAGGUCGCCUACACACUGUACCUGAAAGAUGUCGUCAACGUCGGCCGAGUCGAGGCUGCAGGCACCAUCUUUGAGAUCAAGAGGAACCCCAACGGGUCGUCCAACAGCCCCGGCGAGGACGACGGACAAACCAAGACGCUGCAGAUCCGAGUCAAGAGCGACGAUGAUCUGUAUGAAUGGAUUGACCUCAUCUACGGCGCAUGCCCUGGUAUGGGAGGCGUCAGCAACCCCACCAACUUCUCCCACGCCGUUCACGUCGGCUUCGAUCCCCAGACUGGCGAGUUCGUCGGCCUGCCACCCGAGUGGUCAAAGCUGCUCAACUCAUCCGCCAUUACAAAGGAGGAUUACGAGCGCAACCCGCAAGCUGUCUUUGAGGUCCUCGACUUCUACUCCGACCUCACGAAGCGUGCCGGCAAUCCCCAACAGUACUCAAGCCUCACACCCACGCCGCCCGUGUCCAGUCAGCAGAACAAGCAGCUUGGCUACGGCAAUGCAGGCGCCGGCGUAGCGCCGCCUCGCCCGAUGCCCCCCUCGCAGCCACAGAGACAGCCUAGCUACAACACGCAGGCCUCGCCCCAGAGCCAGAGGAAGCCGUCGGCGUCAGAUCAACAAGACCAGAUGCAACGUCAGCAGAUGCAAAUGCAGGAGACCCGUGAUCGGGAACUUCAGCAGCGCGACCAGCGUGAUCGCGAUGCCCAGCGCAUGCGGCAGAUGGAAGCACAACGGCAGCGUGAGAUUGACGAGGCUAACCGUCGUGACCUGGAAGCCUACAACGCAGCCAUCCCCAAAACCAAGGUCCCGAUGGCCCAGCAAGAGCUCGGCGGCUUCGGAGGUGGUGGCUCUUCCUCCCCGUCUCCCUCGGAUCGCUACAACCCUUCCAGAGCCGCACCGCCGGCGCCGAAAGCCAGCAACCAGCAGGUCGGCAGCCUGCGCGCACAGCGUCCCGCACCCUCUCCCCCCACGGCCGGCUCCACACGGCCGCCCCUCAGCUCGCAGCAGAGCUCCAGCUCUCUGCGGGAUCCCAACCAGGCUCAACGAGCGCCGCCGCGACCUGACCCGAACCAACAGCGUUACCCGAACGGCAGCUCAGCCUCGCAGCCCCGGCCGAACGGCCCCAGCCAGGCCCAGGCUCCGUCACGCCUCCCCGCGCCUGUGAAGCCCUUGAACGUCAACAAGGCCCCGGCGCCCCAGCCGUCGGACGGCGUCAAGGCGGCCGAGGCGGCCUUGUCUGCAAAGGCCCCGGCAUCCGAGCGUAAGCAGGAUGUGCGCAUGUCAACCAUGUCCGAGGGUGAGGUGAUGGCCAAGCUCAAAGAAGCUGUUUCCAAGGACGACCCCAACCUAUCGUACUCGAAGCAAAAGAAGAUUGGCCAGGGUGCCUCAGGCUCCGUCUAUGUCGCCAAGGUCAAGGAGACGGCUCAAUCGCCUAUUGCCCGUGAACUGUUGCGGUCGCAAGGUCUCAAGGCCCAAGUCGCCAUUAAGCAAAUGGACCUCGCACACCAGCCGAGGAAGGAGCUCAUUGUCAACGAGAUUAUGGUCAUGAAGGACAGCCGACACCGCAACAUUGUUAACUUCCUGGACGCUUUCCUACGCAACAACAACUCGGAGCUGUGGGUUGUCAUGGAAUUUAUGGAGGGCGGUGCCCUCACGGAUGUGAUUGACGGCAAUACGAGCAUCAGCGAGGAGCAGAUUUCGACCAUCUGCCUCGAGAACAUUAUUCACCGUGAUAUCAAGAGUGACAAUGUGCUUUUGGACGCCCGUGGUAAUGUGAAGAUUACCGACUUUGGCUUCUGCGCCAAGCUCACAGAAAGCAAGUCGAAGCGUGCGACCAUGGUCGGCACGCCGUACUGGAUGGCACCUGAGGUGGUCAAGCAGAAGGAGUACGGCCCCAAGGUGGAUAUCUGGUCGCUAGGCAUCAUGGCCAUUGAGAUGAUCGAGUCGGAGCCGCCAUACCUCAACGAGGAGCCGCUCAAGGCGCUGUAUCUCAUCGCGACGAACGGUACGCCGCGUCUCAAGAAGCCGGAGAAGCUGAGCAAGGAGCUCAAGGCCUUCCUGUCGGUAUGCUUGUGCGUGGACGUCAUGAGCCGUGCCUCGGCGGAGGAGCUGCUGCUGCACGAUUUCCUCAAGCACGGAUGUCCUCUGUCGAGCCUCGCGGAUCUCCUCGCCUUCAAGAAGACGGCCAAAUAA